UUUUUGCUGCGUCCACAAUUUGUUUCUUCAAUUAAUUAUUAUUUAAAGUGGGCUAGAUUUAUUUAAUAUUAAUUAUGUCGUUUGAUGCUAUACCAAAAGAUCUGCGUGGUCUGCGUGCAUGCUUGGUUUGCUCCCUUGUUAAGACUUUUGAUCAAUUUGAGACUAGCGGCUGCGAGAACUGCGAGGAGUUUCUCCGCAUGAAAAAUAAUAAGGAUAAUGUUUACGAUCACACAAGCAACAAUUUCGAUGGCAUUAUAGCCUUGACAACACCAACGGACUCUUGGGUAGCAAAAUGGCAGCGGAUUUCGCGCUUUACACGUGGAAUCUAUGCCAUAUCCGUAUCGGGCACACUGCCACAGUCAACAUUAAGGGAUAUGAAGAAUCGUGGCAUUGUCUACAAGUCCAGAGAUAGAAGCCAGCGCUAAAACAGCUUAUUUUAUUCUAUGCUUUUGCAACAAUGAUUUCCCUUCAAAGACGUUGGAAACAAUGAUGACACUGAAUUUUCCACCGCAGCCGUCUGAAUCAUCA